AGAUAUCUAACUGAUCAACAAAUGUUCGACGAACUAUUCCAAAAAAUGACCUGUGACAAAUUUUUACAAAAGAAUAAAAGUUUUUAUCACCCUCUGACUAACUGAUGGAAACAGUUACUCGUAGCUCAACAGUUAGUCCCAUUUUGUUAAUCACUCCUCUUAGGGUUUAGUAUACUGUGUUUUGCUAGAGAAGCUUUUGACUGUAAUAGAAGCUGAACUGGUAUUUUUGCUAAAUUCGUCUUGUUUGUAAAGUUAGAAUCAAUUAACUUAAGCAGAAAGUUUGUACCACGAUAUAAUUCAAUAUGUCUCAAAAGUACUUUCUAUACUAUACAAAAACACUUGGUUCGUCCUAACUGAACAAACUUUGGACCGUUGGUCUUCUGAAUCCAAGUCAAAUAUUGGAAUCUUAAUCUUUACAUUGUCCAUAUAUCAUUGCAAAAUGACGUAGUUGGUGGGAUAGCUUUUGGCGCAUAUCCAAUUCUGCAUAUCACUGAAAACCCUUGUACAUUAGAUAUAGUCUGUCCCUGAGAAGAUAUGACACAAUGCACGUCCUGUCGAUCUCAGGAGCACCUUAACGUGCUCCACUCACUUCCGGACGAUAUUGACACGAAAUUAUGAUUGGUUUUGGCACCGCAACGUACCCAGCAAACAUCUUGAAGCUGUAGAGAACCCUGUAGUAAUGUUUGAACUUCAAUCUUGUACUAGGACACCUCUGCAGUGCUUUGGCGAUAGAGUUAGCAGAUAAACACGGUUGUCUUAUAUACACCACAGAUGUGGACGUCGACGCAAAGAAGAAAUGUCCAACCCACUAACUUGAAAAAUUAUCAAUGAAAGCCUGUAUUCGAUAUACUAGUAGCAAGUUGAAGAACUAUCCACAUUUUAGCAGCCCUAUAUUUGACCAGUUGAAUCAGACGAUGAUGGUUGUUAUCGAUUUGUACAUUCCGUCAAUCCUCGUAAAUACUUAUUGACGUAAAUCGCAUUAGCGAAUAACGGGAUUAAAAUAAGUCAAAUACGAAAAUGGAGUUUGGGUACGUAUAUAUUGUAUACUCAUUGAUUUCAACUGACAAUCGAGGGAACAACGAUAAGUGGAAAGAGCGAAGCGAAACAAAAAGAAAUGAUGCGAAAUGAUCAGGACAAGUGAGUCUGUUUGAUUUAACCAAUUGUCACUCAAUAUUUAUAGUCAGACCCAAAAUAACUUACGGACACGUAAUGAGUACAAUAAAUAAUUAACACACAUACAGUCAUAUAAAAGUAGUCAGGGUUGGUAGGCAAAUAAGUUACAAGGUCAAAAUGUGGCUUGAGAAGUACGAAUUGUAGUGAAGAAGAACACGGUUGAGGACAACCAAAUUGUAUUUAGGACAAAUUACAGAAUUACUUGGUAAAAUAGAAAAACCAUAUAGUAAAUCGUUAAUUUGCAAAAUAUCAUUCUAUCAUAUCUAAUGUCUCGCAUUUCAUUGUUCAUGCGAUUUCUUACAAAUUCCAUUGUUUUCUCGCUCUUCUUUUCUUGAUCUUCUCCAUCUUCUGCUGCCAGACAUUACGUUCUUUUGACUCACGUUAUAUACUACUUAUAUCAAUAUAAGUAGCACGCACCACACUCGUCCCCCCUUUUAACAAGUUGCUGUCGUAGUCUUUCUGAUCUCCGUACCGCUGUGUUCUUUGGUGCUUUUCGUGAUUCACACCCAUGAUGAUCUUGAAACCAUCUCUGUAGUUGACUAGCAUUUACGCGCUUCUGCUUGUCUUCUCUCCGAAUAGUGUAGACCGAGCCGCGUCUCUCCGUUAUAACAUACGGUCCUUCCCAUUUUGGAGCCAGCUUCCCCGACCCUGCUCCCCCUGCUAUGUUACUUUUUCGUUCUCUACACUUUACUAGGUCCCCCACUGCAAAUGGUUUCCACGUUCUCCUCUGUUGUUCUGCCUUCUUUGUGUCUGAUAUUUGUUUCUUUUUCACGUUCCUUAUUGCCUCUCUCCUCUCUUUUCUUAACCUUGUUGUCGUCCACUUCUGUUGUUGUGGCCAGGUCUUAUUAUGCAUUGGAAGUCGUGGUUGUCUGCCAUACAUGAGCAAGAAAGGUGACUUCUUGGUUGUUCCUUGUGUGGAGGAACGAUGUGCCAGCAAAAUCAAUGGUAACUCUUUCUCCCAAUUUCCUCCUUUUGAUGCUAACCAUUCCUUUAACGUCCGAUUGUUUCUCUCUGUAAGCCCGUUUGUCUGAGGAUGAUACGGUGUAGUUCGUAUUCUCUUGAUGCCAAACUGCUUUAAACGGGCUUUAAACUCAUCACUUUCAAAACAGGGACCCUGGUCAGUUAAUAUCAUCUUCGGUAUUCCGUGACACGCUACAAUAUGCCGGAUUACCACCUCGGUCACUGUCCUUGCCCGCUGGUCUGCAAUGGGUACGGCAUCUACCCAACGUGUAGCAUGUUCCGUCAUCACUAACAGGUACUGGUUACCGCUCGCCGUCUGUGGAAACGGUCCCAUCACAUCCAACGACCAUAGAUCACCGACUGCGGUUACUGGGAUUGACUGUAAUGGCGGUUGUGUGUAUCGAUCGCUUUUCAUUAGCUGACACUGCUGGCAGGUUAACACGUAUUCAGCCACAUCUUCUCUCAUGCUCGGCCAGUAUGCACUUUGUCGUAGUAAGUCCGUCGUUCUUGCGAUGCCUGUAUGUGCUACCUGGUGACACUCGUGUAUCACUUUGCGCCGCCAGUCUUUCGGGAUCACCGCCACCCAAUUUUCAUCAUCGUCCUGCCAGGUCAGCACUCCAUAUGAGUUCACUCUCAGUCGGUCCUUUUGCCGAAGCAGCGUUAUUACCUCCUUGUCCAUUGUUCGUUUAUCUACGUCUGCUCCCUCUUUUAUCACUCUGAUUACCUCUCGAAGGUUAGGGUCAGCUUUCUGCUGCCGGACGAGUUCUAAUGGGUCUCCCUCUAAACUAUUCACCGCGUAUGCUGUUAAUGGCAGGUCGGCUUCCAUGUCUGGUCUUGACAAGUAAUCUGCCAUUACGUUUUCUUUUCCUGGAACAUGGCCGAUACUGAAAUCGUAUUCUUGCAGGCGUAUCAUCCAUCGCGCCAACUUCCCUCGGGGGUCUCUUGCUGUUUUCAACCACUGCAGGGGUUUAUGGUCGGUCUCAAUGUGAAAUCGUCUACCUAAAAGGUAUGGUCUCCAUUUUUCCACUGCCCACACGAUCGCUAAACACUCCUUUUCGAUGGUUGAAUACUUCUGUUCAGCAGGUGUGAGGACGCGACUCGCGUAUUCCACCACUCUAUCAGCCUGACUCAACACAGCACCUAUACCAUGAUCACUCGCGUCUGUGGCCACUGUAGACAGUCUUCCCGGUUCAGGCAGUCUGAGCGUCAUCUGGCGAUCGUCUAGCAUGUUUUUGAUUCGGUUGAACGUUUGUUCGGCAGUCUCAGUCCACGUAAACUUGGUGCUGCUUAAUAACUUAUAUAAGGGUGCUGCUAUUUCGUUGAAAUUCUUGAUAAACCGACUGUAGAACGCCGCUCUUCCCAGGAACUGUCUCAACUUCCUUUUCGAAUUAGGUACUGCAAUAUUUUUUAUGGUAAGAAUUUUCUCCGGCAAUGGUUUUAUUUCUCCAUUUCCCACUUUAUGUCCCAACAAUGUGACGCUACUUCUCGCUAUCUGCGACUUGUCCUUAUUAAUCCGAAGUCCAAAUUCGUCAAUUCGCUUUAAGACCGCUUCCACAUGCUUGAUGUGAUCUGUUUCUGUUUGACUGUACACAACUACAUCGUCGCCAUAUACCUCGACAUUAUCUAGAUUCUUGAGCAGCAGUGUCAUUAAUCUUCUGAACGUGAACGGUGCACCCGCCAACCCGAACGGCAUUCGUUUAAAUUGAUACUGUUUAUCACGUACAGUAAACGCUGUCUUGCUUCGAUCACUCUGUUUUAUAGGCAGUUGCCAAUAACCUGACCGUAAAUCCAGCACUGUAAACACCGUGGCAUUCUGUAGCCGAUCUAAUGUUUCCGCCACUGUUGGCAUUGCACAAGGCUUCAGGUCUGUUAUAUUAUUCAAUUCUCUGAAGUCGACACAAAAUCUAUACUUUCCAUUUGGUUUCUUUACCAAGAGUACCGGCGAGCUAUAUGGACUGUCCGCUUCCUCAAUUAUACCUUCUUUUAACAUUUCCUGGACCUGACGAUUUACCUCGGCCUCUAAAUGCACCGGGACACGACGUGUUGCAAAUAUAUUUACUCGACUGUUCUUUAUCGGUAUUUCGUGCUUUACUCUGUCACAAUAUCCAUACGGCUCCCCAUCUCCAGUGAAUAGUUUGGCAUACUUUUUGCAUAACUCGUGAAUGUUUAGCUUCUUUGACGAGACAUCCGCUGCAACUCUUAUUUCAGCAACUUCGCUACUUUCGUGUAUUGUCAAUGAACCAUAUUUCGUGACCACCUUACCGCUUCUUAAGUCAACUAUCGCUUUUACUUCUCUUAGGAAAUCUGCUCCUAAUAUCGGUCUCGAUAAACUUGUGGUUACGACGAACGGAAAAUUUAUCUCAGCAUCCCCCACUUUUACGAUACUGUUAGAUACGCCAAACACCUCUAACAUAUGGCCCCCUAUCGUGUGGACAGCUAAUGUACACGGCUUGAUUCUCUUACAUUGCUCUUUGCCUAUUAACGAUACUGCUGCACCUGUAUCGAUCAGACAAACUAAAUCGCGCUCAUUUAUGUUCACUCUCGUAUAUACUGCCCCUCUGUCUACUAACGCAACAAUCCCCAGAUUCCUAGGAUAGAAAGAACAAUCGUUGUAACGUCUAACAUAUCUGCGUUUUCGUCUUGUUGGACAGUUUAACUUCCAAUGUCCUGUCCCUCCACAAGCGUAACAUUUAUCGUUCCUUUUAUUGUUCACUCGUAUUGCUGCAAUCUCACGCUCCAGCUCCUCAAUCUUCUUCUCGACACUACUCAUCUCCUGCUUUUCGCACCCGACUGGAGCUACUGUUCGCGUCAUUAGCUGACGAGUCACCUUCGCCAGUUCACUGAUAUCCAUCGGUUGCGCUGCGUUCACCAGUUUCAGUUGUUGGGAGACGGUGGCAGGCACACUCUCGAUAAACUGUGACGCCAACAACUGUGCCUCCGACUCCUCAUCCAGACUCGGCAGUGCACGGCGUAACAAUCUGGUAAGCUCCACAGCCAGCACCAGUGGGUCACCAUCGACCGGCAACCUCGCCAGCCGGAACUUCUGCAGCGCGUUCUCUCUGUCCACUGGGCUGUCAAACUCCGCCGCCAACCGCUCCGUGACUGCCUCCCAUGUCGUCUUCUCGCCAGCACCGUCCAAGCUGUCAUACACAGCCUUCGCCCUGCCUCUCAGCAGCGUCCCCAGCACCACCAACUUCGCCUUCGGCUCCUUCACUCCCACCAGCUCCGCCACGGCCUCAAACUCCUUCAGGAAGCUCAGCACAUCUCCGUCCUCAAACUCCUUCGGCCACGGAAUCUUCAUCCUUAGUGGAGGCAGCGACACCAAAUGUAGUGAAGAAGAACACGGUUGAGGACAACCAAAUUGUAUUUAGGACAAAUUACAGAAUUACUUGGUAAAAUAGAAAAACCAUAUAGUAAAUCGUUAAUUUGCAAAAUAUCAUUCUAUCAUAUCUAAUGUCUCGCAUUUCAUUGUUCAUGCGAUUUCUUACAAAUUCCAUUGUUUUCUCGCUCUUCUUUUCUUGAUCUUCUCCAUCUUCUGCUGCCAGACAUUACGUUCUUUUGACUCACGUUAUAU